GGUGAGCUCCCGUGUCCCGGGGGCUGGGCCUCUCUGGGGUCCUCCCAGCACGGAGGAGUAUCAGCAUACAUUCAGUGCUGUGCAAUACUGCCAGUUCUGAUCAUUGUGAACAGUACUGUGCCACGCAAACAGUUUGGUGAUUUCAUCAGUUACUGUAAACAGGGAUCUGUGUGACAAUGACCAUGUUCUUCUGUCUCCCAUUCUUCAUAACUGGAUCUCAAAGCAGCUAUAGGUUGGAAGAGAACAGUGAAUAUCCUGCUUAGUUAUGAGAAACAUUCACCAGCAUAAAACAGUCUGGAAGAAGAUUUCUCUUAAGAAAAUCAAAGAGCACAGAACCCUUUAAUAAAACAUAAUAUAUUUAACAUUUCGUGAGCUUUUGACUGUCUGAGUUGUAAAAAAAAUGAAUCGUUACACAAUUAUGAAACAACUGGGUGAUGGCACCUAUGGCAGCGUGUUGAUGGGGAAGAGCAAUGAGUCAGGAGAACUUGUGGCUAUCAAAAGAAUGAAAAGGAAGUUCUAUUCAUGGGAUGAAUGUAUGAAUUUGAGAGAAGUCAAGUCUCUGAAGAAGCUAAACCAUGCCAAUGUGAUAAAAUUGAAGGAAGUCAUACGAGAAAAUGACCACCUUUAUUUUGUAUUUGAGUACAUGAAGGAAAAUCUCUAUCAGCUAAUGAAGGAUAGAAACAAGUUUUUCCCUGAGUCAGUCAUCAGAAACAUGAUGUAUCAGAUAUUGCAAGGGCUGGCUUUCAUCCACAAACACGGAUUUUUUCAUAGGGAUAUGAAGCCUGAAAACCUUCUCUGUAGUGGACCAGAACUUGUGAAAAUUGCAGAUUUUGGGUUGGCUAGAGAACUAAGAUCUCAGCCACCUUACACAGAUUAUGUUUCUACCAGGUGGUACCGUGCUCCUGAAGUUUUGCUGAGAUCUUCUGUCUAUAGCUCACCUAUUGAUAUAUGGGCAGUUGGCAGCAUAAUGGCUGAGGUAUACACACUCAGACCUCUUUUCCCAGGCACAAGUGAAGUAGAUGAAAUCUUCAAAAUUUGCCAAGUCCUAGGGACUCCAAAGAAGAGUGACUGGACAGAAGGAUACCACCUUGCUUCUGCCAUGAAUUUCCGUUUCCCACAAUGUGUCCCUAUAAGCCUAAAAACUCUCAUCCCAAAUGCAAGCAAUGAAGCAAUACAGCUUAUGAGUGAUAUGCUGAACUGGAAUCCAAAGAAGAGACCUACAGCAAGUCAGGCUUUGAAGUACCCUUACUUUCAAGUUGGCCAAAUUUUAGGACCUCCUCCACAGCAUUUGGAGAAGCAGACUCCUAUUAAACCAGUUCAGCCAACAGAGCCAAAGCCAUCUUUACCUAAAUUGGAAGCUAAGCCAGAACCUCUGUCUUCACCUGAUUUACCUGACAAAACGCAGCCACAGUCCUUGCCAAAGAUUAACCACCAGCCUCUCCAGCAAAUUCAGUUGCCUCAGAAUACAGCUAACCAGCAAGUACCAAAGCAGCAGCAGCCACAGGCACAACCACUUUUUCCAGUUAUCAAUAAAAACUCAUCGCCUAAAGCAGCUAGUGGCCCUCUGAAUGGUGUACUAGGUCCUAAAAACUGCAGAAGACGGUGGGGUCAGACUUUGGUAAAGGCUGUGGAUAGCUGGGAUGACUUGGAUGACCCUGAAUUUGGAAUGUCAUCUUCAAAGAAGCCUAGCAUUGCACUGUUAAAAGAAAAGAAAAACAAGGAAUUUCUUUUUAGUGUGCCAGAAUCAAAAGCUUCAUGCUGUAUCCAGCCAGGAGGGGAAAACAAGAGUCUGGUGAGAAAUGAUUCUGAAAGAUCAAAUACAUCAGCAAAAGAUUACUAUAUAAACCAAUCAAGAUAUCUGCCUGGUGUAAAUCCAAAGAACGUCUCAUUAGCAGCAGUUAAUAAAGGAUCACAUGGAACCUGGAACAACCAAUUGUUUGCUAAAUCACUGGCAAAUGCUGGGGGAGGAUUGACUUACAGCAGAAAUACUACAGAUGAGAACUUAAUUACACCUAUUGAAAAACUAUCGUGCAAAGAAAGGUUGAAUGAAAAAUUAGAAGAUCCAAAAGGAAAUCCUGGCUUUGUAAGUAGUGGUGCUUACAACCCAUUGGGACUAUACACCUCUUCCUUCCAUAAAAAAGAAGUUGGAUCAGCUGGACAACGGAUACAGCUAGCACCUCUUGGUGCACCUGUAUCGGAUUAUUCCUGGAAAAACAAAGCUGCUCGUCCUCCAUUACCAGGUCCUACUUUCAAUGCAAAAAACAUGAGUAUCUUUACUCACCCUGCAACAAUUCAGCGAGUACAUGGGAGAACAGACUGGGUGGCCAAAUAUGGAGGAAACAGAUAGAAAAUACCAUCCUGUGUGGAUAUUACAUGCUCUGUGUUCAGUUCUCCUGCUCUUGAGAACGUGAAAAGCCUAUUUGCUCCAGCUUCUCCUAAGACUAUGCAACAGUAAAGAAGGAAAAAAGA